ACGAGAGGAAAUCCGAUAAAGCUUUAAGUUUUGUUGAUUCACUUUGACAGAGCAUUAUGGCAUCAUAAUUAUUACCGGUUUCAUCUAGAAGAUUCACCAAACAUUCGAUAUAAAACCCGACAAGAUACAACAUUGAAUAUAUGACUAGGCAUCAGACAGGAUGACAGAAGAAGCAGCAUGGCCCGUCAAGCUUUAUGUUUACGACAUCAGCAAAGGAAUGGCGAGGUCUCUCUCAGCGGCAUUCUUAGGUAAACAAAUUGAUGGAAUAUGGCACACAGGGAUAGUAGUGUAUGGCCAGGAGUUCUAUUACGGUGGCACAGGAGGAAUAGAAGCUUGCCCACCUUGUGGAACAAUCCUUGGACAGCCAGACACAGUAGAGGACUUGGGAAUGACACAGAUCCCAUAUGACAUGUUCCUUGGCUACCUCACAGAGCAGGCACAGGCUGCCUUUAGACCAUCUUGUUACCAUCUCCUGGAACAUAACUGUAACACAUUCAGCUCAGAGGUGGCUCAGUUUUUGACUGGAAAGGACAUACCCUCAAACAUCACAGGACUUCCGGCAGAAGUGCUCAGCACGCCGUUUGGACAGAUGAUCAAACCCUGGGUUGAUGCGAUGUCAGUCCAACCAAGUGGUGGACAUUCCAUAUUCCCUUCACAGGAGGUGGAAUCCUCCAGCUCUGGGGCAAGUGCAGGAGGAGCUGAAAGUGCUGGGGAGGAUUCUUCAGAAUCUGCUGGCGGUAAAAAAGGGCCAGCGGCCUGGGAAAAUGUGAUGGCUGCAGACUGGAAGGAGCCCGUAGACGAAGAGGAUGCUGUAGAAGAUGCAGUGAUUUUCACAGAGUCACCACCAGACCGCAAAGACUUGAAGGACCAUACUCAUGAUGAGUUACAAAUGAAAGAUCUUGGACUUCUUAGUGACAUUUAUGACUAUCUUGCUGAGGGUAAAAAACCCUCUUGGUCUUUGGGAAAGGAGCAUGUUCAGACUUUACAUACAAUUAUAGGAAAUGGCAAAAUCCAUGAUUCGUCGCGGGCAGGUGUUUGUACACUCCUCCAGGCUUUAGUGCUUCGGGACGACUUUAUCAGCCUCCUCGAGCGGGAACCAACACAACUCAUAUUGAAAGUAAUGCAACAUUUCGAACAACUAUCUGAAUCUGUACAGGAGGCCUUCGUCAAAUUGCUCACCAACUGUAGCAGUUCUAGGAAAGGUCAUACAUUCCUAGUAUCCAAUCCUGACCCGGAAUGUAACAUGUUAAAGUGGACCAUUCAGACCUGUGUUUCAUGUUUACUGAAGGACAAAACUGUUAUGCAUACAAAUGCCUCGGCCCUAGCACUUAACCUUAGUAGAUUCCAGUUGGUAGAAGACACUCAAGUAGAAAUUGGCAGUGCAGUUUUGGAGUGCUUACAGAAAGAAUUAAGUGAGGAAACAGUAUAUAACCUUAUGCAAUGUUUGCUACAAAUGAUGAACAAAAACACAGAGCUGUGCGACCUAGCAAGUGUAGUUGGCCUGAAUUGCUCACAGCACCAGAAAUUGUCGGCUCGAGUCAGGAGACUUUGUGACAAAGCACAGGAACUUAGUGCAUUAUGAUCAAAAUUGACUUACCACCAAACAGGAGCAACAGAUGACCAAUACUAAGACUGAUACUACUCAUUGACCGUAGAGUGACCAGUGGAUUUUUACCCUUGGUCAUAUAUGCGAAUAAAGACUGAAGGGACAAAUAAAUACAUGUUUUUAAAUAAAUGCUUCAUUACUAGGAAAAACAUCACAAAGUGCAAUCAGGAUUAAUGUCUUCAUUUCGGAAGACACAGACAGUAGAAACCAGGACAAAGUAUAAAUACAUACAACAUCCUUUUGUGGGUAUUACUUGUGUCAACUUAAAAUUUCCAUCAACCUGACCAACAGCUAUAUAGAAUGUGUGAUAUGUAUAUGGAGAUGCACUAUAGAACUGUUAUUUGAUUGUACCAGAUAUUGUUUUCCAUUUGCACCGAUUAUUAAUCACAGGUCCUACAUAUAGUUCUGUAAACAGGAAAAGAUUUACGACAGUUAAUGUUUUAUGUACCAGGUACAUUAACCCUUACAUCUCUAUGUAACUCGAGUAGACUCUACCAUGCAUUGAUCUGGAUUUGUCCAUUAGGGUCUAUAGUGGUGAAAGGGUUAAAUCCAAUGUACAGUGUAUUGACAUAAUCCCAAACUUGUAACAGUUAAAGCUAACUGCAGACACUGUUUCCCUCUGUGUUUUUUUUGCCUGGUUAUGUUUUGGUUUUAGAUAUUUUAUGAAUUAGCUAUUUUAUUACCAACCAAGCAAUCUACAGCUAAAAUAUAUGUCGGUGAUGAAAUAAUAUUAAAUGUGUCGUAUUGCACAGUUGUAAUCCUGUUUGAAUGGCACUCUUCAACUGUGAAAUCGUAUUUUGUAUAAAGAUGUCCACCUGCUUAAUAUAAUUAAGCUACUUUUUCCAAUGAAUUUUAUAAAUUUUCUUCAAAUGAACAAUGAUUGUGGAAGACUUUACUUGUUGAAAUGUAAGUUUGUUUUAAUAUAUAUCAAUGGUGUUGUAUGUGUACGAUUCUGAGGUUUAGAUUUGUUUGUUUCCGUAGAACCUUGUACUAUAUCAUACAUGUUCUUCAACCGUUUAGAACCAUUUCCAAAGAAUAAAUGUUGACAGUAUUUAAAUGUUUGUGAAUCUAUUUAGGACAAGAUAAUUUAUUUUUUGCAUGUCUUUUUACUGGCAGAAUAAAUAAAUGAUAAAAUUUCACCGUUUAUUUACGAACCUAAAGGCAGAGAAUUUGUCUGUGGUUAUAAAUCAUCCUUACCAAAUUAUACUUGGUGUUUUUAUAUCUCAAGCUAACUAUGUGCUGUAAAAUCAUCAUUUUUGUUAAUUUUGUGUUUACUCAAUCAGCAUACAAGUAUGAAUAUAUUGAAAUAUUGUUUUCUUUAUUACUUAUUUUCAAUAAAAGGGGGCAGCGGUGGUUAAGGCGUUUGACGUUCUGGUACCACUCGCCCUUCUCCACUGGGUCGCUGGUUCGAGACCUACUUUGGGCAGUCGCCAGGUACUGCCCGUAGGUCAGUGGUUUUUCUUUGGAACUCCGGCUUCCCUCCACCACCAAAACCUUGCACUUCCUUAAAUAACCAUAGCUGCUUAUAGGACGUAAAACACAAACCAAAACCAAACUAUUAGGGCACAUGUGAUAACAUCAUUGACCCUGAUACUAAUAUUGAAACAUUAAUUAUUUAUUUCUUAUUCAAAAUUAGAAAAUAUUUGCCAAAAGCAUAAUUUCUUAAUUAAAAGACUUAUGUACCGAGUAUUCAAUAGAAUUACCUGUUUUUGUUGUUACAACCUGCUGAUUGUAUUUUAUUGUGUUAUAUUUCGCCUAAUGGAAGGUUGUAAAAGCCACUUGACAUUUGUCAGACAUAGCUGUGAUAGUCAUGUUCACUUCGUAAUUUAAUUAAAAUCAUUUCACAUCCAAAUAUUGAGGCUUAUGUUGUACCAGAAGUGAUGGCACCCUUUUUUGUAGGGUAUAUUUCACAUGCAUCUCUCAAUAAAUUAUUUAAUCAAA